ACUGGGAACUAGGAAUCUCCCACUUCCAAGGACAAAUGGAAUGCAGCAUUAGGUCCAAGCUGAUUAUUUAGAGUUGAUCUAAACUGAAACUAUGAAGUCAUUUGUGUCCUACAUCUGCAGUUGUCUAGUUUAGCCAUAGGAGACUGUGAGGACUCUGAACUGGCCUAUACCAUGAGAGACCUGCCCCCCAGAGCCGGUCACACUUUCCCUGGAAGUGAGAUGCCCAUGAUGGACAGGGAGCCCGACGGCAGCACCCACCCUCACACCCCAGGGACGCCCACUUUCACACGACCACUGAGCAGAAGUCUUGAGCCGGAGUUAGUUCGCCGUGGCCAGCUCAGCUCCAUGAGCUCUCUGGAUUCUCCCAUGAGCCCCUCUCGCCCGAAAAGUCCUUGGGGCAGAUUUGACCCCUAUGACUCUGCUGAGGAUCAAGAUAAGGAAUAUGUUGGCUUUGCGACGCUGCCUAACCAAGUGCACAGGAAAUCUGUGAAAAAGGGGUUCGCCUUUACUCUUAUGGUGGCAGGGGAGUCGGGUUUAGGGAAAUCUACACUAGUCAACAGCCUCUUCCUCACAGACCUUUACAAAGACAGGAAGAUGCUCAAUGCUGAAGAGCGGAUCUCGCAGACAGUGGAGAUCACAAAACACACUGUGCCUAUAGAGGAGAAGGGUGUCAAGCUGAGACUCACCAUCGUGGAUACGCCAGGAUUUGGUGAUGCUGUCAACAACACAGAGUGCUGGAGGGCAGUUGAGGACUACAUUGACCAGCAGUUUGAGCAGUACUUUCGUGACGAAAGCGGCCUCAACCGUAAGAACAUUCAGGACAACCGUGUGCACUGCUGCCUCUACUUCAUCUCACCUUUUGGCCACGGUCUCAGACCGAUGGAUGUGGAGUUUAUGAAGACGCUACAUGAGAAGGUCAACAUAGUGCCUGUGCUUGCCAAAGCAGACAGUCUCACUCCAGAAGAAGUCAGAAAAAUGAAAAUGAAGAUUUGUGAGGAGAUCGAGAGAUUCGACAUCAACAUCUACCAGUUCCCUGAGUGCGAUUCAGACGAGGAUGAGGAGAUCAAACUUCAGCACCAGGAACUGAAGGACAGCAUUCCUUUUGCUGUAAUUGGCAGUAACGUCCAAGCUGAAAGCCAAGGCAGGCGCUUCAGAGGCCGCCAGUACCCCUGGGGUGUGGUGGAAGUGGAAAACCCAGAGCACUCCGACUUCCUGAAGCUGAGGAACAUGUUGGUGCGCACACACAUGCAAGACCUGAAGGACGUGACGCGGGAAACACAUUACGAGAAUUAUCGUGCUCAGUGCAUCCACAAUAUGACCCACAUGGUGGUCAGGGAGAGGAAACGCAGGUCAGAGGAUAAACUGACAUCAGUUAUCACUGAAGACAGCGCCUCAGACCUUCCUGUGCCUUUGGUGCCUGUGGACAGCAACACUGAGCGCCUUAUUUGGGAGAAAGAUGAGGAGUUGCGGCGAAUGCAGGAAGUUCUGGAAAGGAUUCAGGAACAGAUGCGUCAUGGACAUUAAGACAGACUUAUCCAUUAAUUUAAAUGUUUAUGAUUGAAAUACAGUUAGAGAUGUCAGAGGUUUUGCAGUGAAUAUAAUAUUAACUGUAAAAUUAUGUUCUGUAAAU